AGGAAAAACCCUGCCAGCGGUAGCUUGACUGGAGGGUUUCUCUGCUUGGUGCUGCAUUCACAUCCUAACGCUCAUGUGGUAACAUCCAGCAUCGCUUGGGUUCCUCUACGCGUUGGCCUGACUCCAGGGAUUUUGAGAAGAUAGGGCAGACUGCAGAGUGUGAGAGAGGGCAUAUAUGCUGGAGAGAUAAGUUAUUUUUGAAGUAGCAGGGGGAAAGAACAGAGGUCCCGAGAAGAGAAAAGGGGAGAAGCUGAGAAAUUAAAGUGUCAAAAAAGGUUGAUUAGCCGACUGUACACAACAAGUCGACCAAUAUGGCAGCCAUGGAAGCACUGGAAUCCACAAGCGCCCAGCUGGAGCCUCAAACCCUCACUGAGAUCUCAGAUGAUGAGGUCCACCUCCCGCCCUCGGACGACGAAGACGAUGCCCUUGCAGCUGCCAGGAAAGAACUGGCCACCAUGGGUACGGAGGGUGACGCUGUCGAAGACAAGGACGAGGCGGGAAAGCAAGACCCGCAGGUAAACGGGGUCAUGGUGCUGGCUUUGCUUGACAAGAUCAUCGGGGCGGUGGACCAGAUCCAGCAGACCCAGAGCGGUCUGGAGUCCAGGCAGCAGGAGAUGGAACGUUCGGUGAACAGCAUUCAGGGAGAGCUCACUAAACUGGCCAAGAGCCACAGCACCACGUCCAACAGCGUCAACAAGAUGAUGGAGAAGGUGAGCAAGGUGAGCGUCAACGUCAAGACAGUGCGGGCCACCCUGGAGAAGCAAGGAGGCCAGAUCAAGAAGCUGGAGGGCAACGAAGCGGAGCUGCUCAAGAGACGCAACUUUAAAGUCAUGAUCUACCAGGAUGAAGUGAAGGUUCCCUCAAAACUCAACAUCUCUAAAUCCAUGAAGGUUUCGGAGUCUGUAUCAGGAAGCCGAGGAGGAAGCAUCCUAGAACUCAAGGAAGCUGUGGAAGAGGGAGAGGAAAGAGAAGGAGAGAAGGCAGACAAGUCCCACGCAGACCUCUCGUCAGAUGAGGAUGGGGUAGAGAUAGAAGAGACCAUUGAGGAGACCCGUGCCGAGCGCAUCAAGCGUAGUAGUCUGCAGCGUGUGCAAACUCUGAAGACAGUCUUCUCAAAGGAGAAGAUAGAUAAGACCAGAGCAAAGACCAAAGAGAAACUGGAAAAGACCAAACAAAAGACCAAGGACAACCUGGAGAAGACAAAGGGCAACCUGGAAAAAACUAGGCAGAAGACCAAGGACAACUUAGAAAAGACCAAACAGAAGACCAAAGAUAACAUUGAGAAGACCCGUCACAAUAUUGAGAAGAAGAUGGGCAAGCUUGGAACACAAAUGACUGUCAACCCUGAGCGCAAGCAGAAGAUGCAGACAUCUCGAGACAAGGUAAAGAAGGCCUUCACGCCAGACCAUGUGGUCUACGCCCGGUCCAACACCGCGGUGUACAAGGUGCCCCCCUUUACCUUUCAUGUCAAGAAGAUCCGGGAGGGCCUCACUGAGGUGGUCCAGGGCACCGAGAUGGUGGAGGUGUCACAGGAGGCAUAUCCAUUCGACGGAGUGGAUGGGGAAGUUGAGGAGGGCGCAGUGGAGGUUGAGAUGGAGAUGAUAAAUGGAGGAGAAGAUGAGGAAGAGGCUGAUGAGGAUGAAGAGGAGGACAACACAGAUGCUCUGCCAGAGAAUGAAAACAGAGAUAGAGACAGCGACUAGAUGAAGGGUCAGGAAUUUACCAAGAUCCCAACCUAAUUCCUGUUAUUUUGUAAAAACAAUAGAAAAAGGAAUUCUACGUAUUUAAAAAAAAAAUCAUUUUGGCCGUUACCCCUAUUAGUUACUUUGAAUUUGUACUAAAAUGUUAUUGCUGAGAUCCAGGAACAGCCUCACUGAUGGGAGGUGGUGGGUCAGUCGGACGACCCGACAGGAGCCUAACAACACUACACAUGGUCCAGGUUAGGUCAAUCCCUAUAUUGCAAGUUAAUGUGUAAAGUAACCAUCCUUGAGCAUAAAGGUCACUUAAGUUUGUUCCCGUCCCGUCUGACUGUCUGACAGUCCCAGUUCAGAUAUAUCAUGUAGUCUGAAAGUUAAUGCAUGCAGUGAUGACAGAGAAUAUAUAUAUGACAUGUCUCUGCAGUUCACUGUUCACUGAUCUAAUAAUCCUCUUUGCACCCAUUAUUGACUGGGUGUUUUUCGCCCCACAACAUUACUGUUUUUGUUUACUCCUACUGCUUUCAUCCACGUUGUUUCCAGCUUUUCUAAGUGCAAAGGCUCCGAUACGCCAAGUUGCCGAUGCUCCCACAAACUGCUCCUUUACCAGAGAGCAGAGGCAGGGUCAGGUCGCAUUCCUUCCAAACUGUACAAUGUGCAUACAGAGCAGCGCCCAGGCACUCAACCUGACGUUACAACAAAAUAUACAAUUUAAUAACUUAGAUUUUCUUUUAUUUGACUCCAAGUUAUAAACAUAAAAUAAAUCAGAAUGGACUCAAUUAAACGUCCUUAACGCAUAUUUACAAAAGCAAUUUUAGGGUUGUUUAGAACGCAUUUGUGUUCGGAUUGUGUAAAAAAAGAAUACAAAGAGAAAGAAAUGGGAGGAGGAAACCAAAAAUACCUAUGCUAUUGGCUGAGGAAAGGAGGAGUAAUAAUAGAACUGACAAGAACGAGAAAUUAUUAGUAAGGGACACUAUCAUUUACAUUUGAAAAAGUGCAAAUUUUCAGAAUUUUUAAAAUAUCCCAAGCACCCAGAACUAGUGGGAUGAGUACUAAGGAAUGAAUCACCUCCUUUUCACUGAACGUCAGUAGCAUCUGUUGAACAUAAAGAAAAUUACCUCACCUGUGCUUAAAAUUCUGAAAUGUAUUUCAUACUGCAUACCACAUAUAUAUUCCUUCCACCCUGUUUAUUUUUCUGCUGUUUAAAUAGUGAAGUGUUAUCCUAUUCUGCCUAACUUACUGAUUAUGAAAUUAUCGUGUCUGUCAUUUCUAUGAUGAGCUAGCGGUUAGAUAUUUGUUUAUGACUUGUAUGUACUUAUAAUUUACACUUGGCUGAAUGUACCUUAGUAGUAUUAAUUUUAUCAUAUCUUGUUGCAUGCAAUGCUGUUACGCAACACUUUACUGCUAAAGAAUUGUCAUUGCCCAUGAAAAUGAUAAUCUUCAAAACAUAAGGCAGAGAUGGUUCCUCCAAAGAUCUAGUGCAUUUCACUUUGAUUAUUCCCUUCCUACAACACGCUCUGUGUCCUUCUAAGAUGUGUUUCAUACAUGAACUGAGAUUAGGACCAAUGCUUUGGGCAAGUUCUCACACACCUCUGGUAGAACCAGCGUAGGUUUCAAAAGGGUCUGACACUGACUCCUAGUGUCCAGUCAUCCCGCUGUGAUUCCCUUUGCUUCAUAUUAAAGGUGCAUUGCGCCACAUUCUUCUACUGUCCACACUUACUUUGUGUGUGAUAAGGCUUUCAUAAAUGUGUUUAUAUAUUCUCAAUUUUACUAGUGGCCUUUUCAUGACUGCGUUUCAAUAAUUAAAUCAAGAGAUAAUCAAUUGCUAAUUCCUUUUUAAAUACAUUUUCACCUAUGCUCUAAUCCUUAGCAGGAACUAGAACCUGAGGCGGCACACUUUUAGCUGAAGGGUGGCACACUCUGAGAAGGUCAGUGAAGAGGUAACAUAGGGGCAGACACUUCUGUGAAUCAAAAGUCAAUUUGUAAUUUUUACUUCACAAUUUUACCACGUUACUUACCACAAUAUUUAGUAAAAGUUUAGUUCUUAGCUCAAACACAUCACAGUGUAUUUGUUUUUUGUACAUAAUGUGAAUCACUGCCAAUCACAUCAUAAUACGUUUUACAUUACAUUACAUGUCAUUUAGCUGAGGCUUUUAUCCAAAGCGACUUACAAGUGCAUUCAACCAUAGGGAUACAAACUCAGAAGAACAAGAAACAAGAAAGUUCAAUUUCCUCAAAUAAGCCAAUUUACAAUUUGCUAUAGAUGAGUGGCGUUCACUCUAAGUACAAUUUAAGUGCUAAAAUUUGUUGGUCUUUUAGUCGAGAUAGAGUUUGAAGAGGUGUGUCUUUAGUUUGCGGCGGAAGCUCUCAGCGGUCCUGGUGUCUUCAGAGAGCUCGUUCCACCAUUUCGGGGCAAGGACAGGACAUUUUGGACAUUUUGAUUUCAUUUACCAGAGAACCUUCUGCUGUCUGUGCUUCUUUUGCGUUUAGGAAAACAGCUUCUCGGGCCAAAACAUUGUGAUGUCUGCCCAGAUUUCACAAUGCAACAAAUUCAUAUUCUGGCCCUUUUAUACAAUUUGAUAGAGAAUGUGUUCAGCUGUUGAAUACUAAGCCCUUCAUUGUGAAUCAACAAAGCCAAGACAGUCAGAGCAGUGACAACCUUCUGGUGUGCUGACGCCUUAAUGUCAACAGACCAUAUCUAGUUAACACUCAAAUGUUUCCUUGUUUGUGUUUUGUUGGUAACAGAUUCCUGUAUGUUUCCUUGCUUAACCACUAAUGAUUGAAUUAAUAAAUGCUAUUUGGUUCACAA